ACGAAGUGUUUUUUGCUGCUGUGCAAAGUGGUGACAAUACAGUCCGGAAUAAAGGAGAACACAUGAACGAGAAUGGAGAAAUCGGAGUCGAGCUUUUCGACGAGAAUCGCCAACGCCCGAUGGGACAUGGUCUACGUCCAGAUACCGCUUUACUCGCUAAUUUUCCUCGCCGGAGUGAUCGGGAACAUCCUUGUGAUCCUGACCCUCGUCCAGCACCAGCGGAUGCGGACCGUGACGAACGUCUUUCUCCUGAACCUCGCAGCGUCGGACAUCAUGCUCGGUGUUCUCUGCAUGCCGUUCACCCUCGUAGGCGCGAUCCUGAGGGACUUUGUCUUCGGCGAGGUGAUGUGCAAGCUGGUGCCCUACCUCCAGGCCUGCACAGUGUCCGUCUCCGCCUGGACCCUCGUCGCCAUUUCCGUCGAGCGUUACUACGCCAUAUGUCAUCCACUCAGAUCACGUCGGUGGCAGACUUUGUCCCACUCCUAUCGUCUCAUCGCCGUCAUCUGGACCGGAAGCCUUAUUCUCAUGUCGCCGAUAGCCGUACUCAGCGAGCUCAAACCGACCAGCAACGGGCACCAAAAAUGCAGGGAGAACUGGCCUGGUCACGGGGAAUACGAAAAGGCCUACAACCUGAUCCUCGAUGCCGUCUUGCUAAUUUUUCCGCUCAUCAUUCUGGUCACGACUUACACCCUCAUCACCAUCACUCUUCAGAGCAGCGUUGACCCGACGGUGGUCAGGCAUUCAGCGGCAAACGGCUCGGUGGUUUCGGAGGUUUACCUGGGAUCGCGGGGCGAUACUUUGACGCGCUGUUCGUUGAGGACGUUGGAAAGGACGCCGUCGUCUCGACGGAGCUUGCGGCUGGUCGCGAAGUCGUCGGUGGGUGGAAUGAAGCCGUGGGACGACCAGGGCGAAACGUCCCAGCGUUCGACCCGGGGUCGUUCGGCGAUGUUGAAGCGGAAGCGGAAGCGACGGAUAGUCGAGAUGCUCUGCGUCGUGGUCCUCGAAUUCUUCCUCUUCUGGACGCCGCUCUACGUGAUAAACACCGUCGCUCUCUUCAGCCCCGACGCGCUUUACGACGGCCUAAACCCAACCUGGAUAAGCUACUUCCACCUCUUGGCGUUCUGCAGUUCCUGCUGCAAUCCGAUAACUUAUUGCUUCAUGAGCAGCGGAUUCCGGAAGAGUUUUUCCGGACUUUUUACCGGCUGCUGCAGCCGCGCUUGUGGCUGUCGGAAACGAGCCGAAGGCCGGUACAGAGAGCCUCCGUAGAUUUUGAAGAUUUUGCCGAUUUUAUUCUGCCUGGAUGACCGGGAAUCGGCGAGCAAUUCGUCCCGCGUAUCGCGCGAACGCGAGACGAUGAUGCGUGAUUAAUCGCUCGAUAAAGCCCACGUGGGA